UUCUGGGAAGCGCAGAGGCGGCUUGACUGGCAGCGAGCGGCCCAUGCCACAGACGGCUCAGGGGGCCCAGGCACUGGGGGGUGGCUCCUGUGCCCCGGGCCCUGCAGAGGGCGGGCAGGGGAACGGGGCCCCGGGGCCCCACGUCCUCAUGGCCGCCUCUGAACCUGCAGCCCCGGAGAAGGAGCGUUCGGCCCGGCUGAUGGCCAGGAACUGCUGGAACGUCUUCUGGGGAUUCUGGGACUACGAGACGCCCAAAGUGAUCGUGGUGAAGAACAGAAACUUGGGCUUCCUCUACCGCGCAGUGCAGCUGCUCAUCCUUCUCUACUUUGUCUGGUACGUGUUCAUCAUUCAAAAAGGCUACCAGGACAAUGAGACUGGGCCCGAGAGCUCUGUCAUCACGAAGGUCAAGGGCAUCACCAAGUCCCAGGACAAAGUAUGGGAUGUAGAAGAGUAUGUGAAACCCCCUGAGGGGGGCAGCGUAUUUUCCAUCAUCACUCGGGCAGAAAUCACUCCCUUCCAGACCCUGGGAACCUGCCCUGAGAGCAUCCGCAUUCGCAAUGCUACCUGCUUCUCUGAUGACGAUUGCAUACCUGGGGAGAUGGACAUGCUGGGCAAUGGAGAGAGAACUGGACGCUGCGUUCCCUAUUACUUUGGGACCAAGAAGACAUGUGAGGUGUCAGCCUGGUGCCCUGUGGAGGACGGAGCGACCGUCAGUGAGUUCCUGGGAAAGAUGGCCCCCCAGUUCACCAUCCUCAUCAAGAACAGCAUACAUUACCCCAAAUUCCGAUUUUCCAAGGGAAACAUAAGGGACCAUGAUGAUGGCUACCUGAAACACUGCACCUUCAAUGCUGAUACCGACCUCUACUGUCCCAUAUUUAAAUUGGGCUUCAUUGUGGAACAGGCAGGAGAGAACUUCACAGAACUGGCCCAGAAGGGUGGAGUCAUUGGGGUCAUUAUUAACUGGAACUGUGACUUGGACCUGUCUGAAUCCAAAUGCAAUCCCAAAUACUCCUUCCGGAGGCUCGACCCCAAGCACAUCCCGGCUUCCUCCGGCUACAAUUACAGAUUUGCCAAGUAUUACAACAUCAAUGGCACAGCUUUCCGCACGCGCAUCAAGGCCUAUGGGAUCCGAAUUGAUGUUAUCGUGCAUGGACAGGCUGGGAAAUUUAGCCUGAUUCCCACCAUCAUUAACGUGGCCACAGCGCUGACGUCCAUUGGAGUGGGCUCCUUCCUCUGCGACUGGAUCUUACUGACCUUCAUGAACAAAAAUAAGGUCUACAGUCACCGGAAGUUUGACAAGCCCUUCUCCCAUUCCCCAGAGCAGGCAGCUCAAGUUUCCAACAGCAUUGGGGAGCAGCCGUCACUUUCUGGCGUUACCUCAGGCCAGCCUGGAGCCCCCACAGGCUGGGUCUGGUUACCAAGGGCCCAGGCUUCCUAGGACAACCCCCUCAUCUCCUCCAGAAGAGCCUUCUUCUGGGGGCCAUUUCCUUGGACAACCCCCAUCCCUCCUCCCAAAUUCUUCAACUGUGGAGGGGGCCAGGGCCAGGCCUGUGGGCUUGGCUCACUCUCCAACCCCAGUUCAAUAGUGCUGUUUCCCUCAGGACACACAGAAUGCCAAUGGGGGCAGGAUCCUUGGGACACUUCAGGCUUUCUCCCAAGAUAACUGCCACAAAUCUUGCUUUCCAAAACUGUAGAGCCCUGCCCAACGCAGUAAUGAGAACGAUCUGGCUCAAGAUACAAUUGGUUGACAUGCUCCUGCUGGGUGCACAGGCACUGUUCUGGAGGAGCGAGAGCUUCCAGACAAGCUCGUGGCCACAGCUGCACAUUUGCCAUCUAGGACUCAGGCCCAGGAACCCAGUGGCUCCCUGCCCAAGUGCCUCAGACAGGGACCAGAAUUCUGCCCACCAGCAGCAGGUUCCCUAGGCCUCCCCUGCCACAGGCCUAGAGAAGCAGUCGUUCUCUACAGAAUGACAUUUAUUCACAAAGGAACCAGUCCCCCAAGUUUUCACCUGAUUCUCAGCCACAGAUGUAGCCAUGACAGUCGAGACAUCUCAGGGCCCCAGAAGCCUCCUUCCCAGAGAGUUCCAGGACUAGUUCUACUCUUCACAUGAUGAACGCUCAGGAAGGGAAGAGAGGGAACAACCUCCCCCC